CCUAUUCUUGUUACUGUCUAUAUAUAUAUGUAUAUGUAUAUGUAUCAAUGAAGGCUCAAUUGCAGAUCAUAAAGCGAACAUGGCGAGAAACUCGCCGGGCCUCUUGCUAUUUCUGCUUCUUGUUCUUGCUUCUCAGGAAGAAAUGAUGACGGAAGGCAGGACGUGUCAGUCUCAGAGCCACGGUUUUCACGGUGCAUGCUUAAGUCACCAUAACUGCGCUGUGGUCUGCCAGAAAGAAGGCUUCUCCGGCGGUAAAUGCCGAGGAUUUCGCCGCCGCUGUUUCUGUACCAGGCUGUGUUAAUCCGUUAUGUAUUUUACUUGGAUCAAUAUAUAUCUGCCAACUACGUGACCCUCUUAUAUAUAAAUAAAGACCAAAGGGCACCAACUUGUUAUUAAUUACUAUUUAAAAUAUUUAAU